AUGGUGGACGCCACUGCUGUUACUUCUGCUACAACUGCGGGACCGCCGGAGCAGUAUGUUACCGGAAGCCGUACCGUGCUGAAUGCGUUACUACGACGUGGCGACGCCGUGCCUGAUGAGGUGCAGCGCGUGCAGGAGCUCAUCGAAUGCGUGGACAACAACGCGAAGAAGAUUGCGGCGGCGUUGGUGGCCAACCGGCGGGGACGCGGCGUUCGCCCCACCGGAGUCGACACGACCGCACAACUGUUGAAAGAGCAGAAGCAGUUUAUUUCGCAGGUGGGUCGGCUUUCGCUGUUUGUUGUUUAG